UCAAGCUUUCUUUAUUUUCAUUUAUGGAUAACCAAUCCAUUUUCAAAUAUAGUUGGGAGAUUUUACCCAAGAAAUGGGUACAUAAAAUGAAAAGAUCGGAACAUGGGAAUAGAUCUUAUACCAAUACUGACUACCCAUUUCCAUUGUUGUGCUUUCUAAAAUGGCAUACCUAUACAAGGGUUCAAGUUUCGAUCGAUAUUUGCGGAGUGGAUCAUCCCUCUCGAAAACGCAGAUUUGAAGUUGUCCAUAAUUUACUGAGUACUCGGUAUAACUCACGCAUUCGUGUACAAACAAGUGCGGACGAAGUAACACGAAUAUCUCCGGUAGUCAGUCCAUUUCCAUCAGCCGGCCGGUGGGAGCGAGAAGUAUGGGAUAUGUCUGGUGUUUCUUCCAUCAAUCAUCCGGAUUUACGCCGUAUAUCAACUGAUUAUGGUUUCGAGGGUCAUCCAUUACGAAAAGACUUUCCUCUGAGUGGAUAUGUGGAAGUACGCUAUGAUGAUCCAGAGAAACGUGUGGUUUCUGAACCCAUUGAGAUGACCCAAGAAUUUCGCUAUUUUGAUUUUGCUAGUCCUUGGGAACAGCGUAGCGACGGAUAAUUCCGAAUCUACAUAGGUCUAGUCCAGGGGAGGGGACAAAUCAAUAGGAAAUGCUAUUUGCUUCUUAAUCUUAAGACUUAAGAUAAGAAGAAGAACUUUUUAAAAAUGAAAGAGUCGGAUAUCAUAUCAUUUCUUCAAAUAAGGAAGAAGAAGUGUUAUCGAAGGAUUUCCUUCCAUUCUUCCUAGUAUGGAAGAAGUCAAGAAAAAGUACUGCGUCUCGAUCUAUACGAAAGGGCACAGGUUUUUUCUUUUGGUUUCAUUGAUAGCAGAAGAGUACGCUAGCUAGCGGAGCCUGAAAACGCUUGCUUGCGCCCCACCCCUACGCUACGGAAACUAUUGCCUAUGCUUGCUGCUCGCUCAGUGUCAGUAGAAGGGAAGAAAAGAUGGUCACUCCUUUUAGGAACAUGGCGAGCCUUACUUACGACUGUUGCACUUCACUCGCAGCUCGUUCAUUCACUUGCUCAUGAACUCGCAGCUUCGCCAGAAGCGACUAGUCGCCUCCUUUCCUCCGCCGAAAGAUGCUUAGCUUAGCCAGACGAAGGAGGGGAGCUGGGGAAGGCCGACGAUGGCAAUGAGGGGGAAGCUGUCGUAGAAGCUUUGCCCCUUGCUUUACAUAAAUUGUUAUGAACUUACUAAAUGACCUUAUUUAUUCUCCCGGAACGCUAGCAAAUCUAAUAGUUCCAUCUGCUCUUCUUAACUUAACUUAAGAAUAAGAACGAAGGCCGCCAUCCUUCUUAUUCAGGAACCCUUUGUUUGAGGAGGGCGUAUCCCAGGGAAGGGGAGAGUGGCCGAGCGGUCAAAAGCGACAGACUGUAAAUCUGUUGAAGGUUUUCUACGUAGGUUCGAAUCCUGCCUCUCCCACUUGUUGUAGACUUAAGAGAAGAGAAAGUAGGCGGAAGCCUAGGAGGGCCAACCGAGCGAAGCUCUUUCUUUUUUUGGCCGUGCCGUGAAGUGCAAUUUUAUCGUAUGCGUUUUAGAGAGGUUGUCGAAAAAGACGAUCUAUAGAGAUUCCCCAUCUAUAUCCAAUCGAGAAUAGAAGCGAGUCCAGUUAGUACGGACUUGGGGAAGAGUGGUGGAGCAACUAUUGGUUGGUCGGAGAGGGCGAAGAAAACAUGACUCUGGUGGGCGUAAAAGAGCAAAACCUUAACGAUGUGUGAGCGUUAGCGAGUCUGUCCUUUCUUUCUAUCUAGCUGGUACCAACAAAACAAGUCUGUUCUAGCUUUCUCGUGGACAAGAUGGCAAAAAUUCAUCUUUCCUUUGAUUUCUUGGUGGUACAGACGGCCGAGCUCCUGCGAGGGGUAGGGUAGAUGAGUACCGAGCGGAAGAAGAAACCGGAUUGAUUGAGAAAGCAGACCGUCCAGAAGCAAGGUUAGGAUACCGUCCACCCGAAGAGUACGGGGAUGGAGGGAGGAAAGUGGGAAUAAACCGUCUGUCAGGUAGGACUGGUGGUAGAGAGGGUAUAGAUGGUAGAUCAACUCUGUUUAUGGUGGGGGAAAAGAAACUCUUCUGAUCGGACAGGAGUCGAAUUAGCCCUCUUUCUAUCGCUACGCCCGUUUUGUGCCGUCUAUUUUCUUUGGUAACUCAAUUUAAUUUCUUUUCAGAAACCUAAUAAGCCAUGCCUGCAACUAGUUAUUAAGCAAGGGUAGUCAACUCCACUCUUUUCGCCAGAAGUCUUAUUUUUAAGAUGGAAAAGAAGGACAGAUAUAUCUUGACUAGUACAUCCGCCUUGCCAUCCAAAUCAUUAAUCUAUUUAUUUUAUUAGUAUUCUGCGUGGAUAUCCCGACCUUGUUAAGGAUAGAGGUAGGGGUAGGUGUUGGGCAUGCGGAGACUUAAGACCUUCGUAGGCAAUCAGGUAUGGCUUUGGUUAAGUGAAUUUACGACUCCAUCUUCACCAGUAGCCAAGGUAGGCAUAAUACGCGUGAGCUCUUUCAAGUCUUUCGUGCGGGUAUACGUUGAGCUAGUCCUCGUACUCCUUUUCUUAGCUCUUUUAGAAAGAAUCUUAUUUUUCAUCGUGUCAGGUCCUGGAUGUAGACUCGGCUAUGGUAGGAUCGACCUAAUUGUGAUCAUUCUCCGCUUCGUUCGCUGAUCUCUUGCUAUUGCUUUUUCUCUCUAGCCUUGUCAGGCUGGGCCUAGGGUUUCCAUUCCUAAGGCUUUUUCUGUUUCAAAGUCCGACUGCUAGAAUUCUUAUAAUGAAAGUCUUCCUAGCACGGACUAUGGCUGCUUAUUAAUUAAGUAAGGGAAAACAUCUUACCAUAGGAUCGAUCAUAAGGCCUAGGUCUUUCUUCAAAGAUAAGUACUGACCUUUCCUACUGUGUCAAAGCACUUUUGCUAAGCCUCACGCUUAAGCAAGUAUUUCAUCUGCAUAAAGGAGGAAGUAACUUACCCUUGAACAAUCGCCUGCUCUAGCAUAUUGGAAAAGGCGUGCAUAGGUUGACUAGUCUAAAAAGAGAGGCUUCCUUAUAAGGGCAUUGUCGCUCGCUCGGAUUCAUUUUCCAGGUCCUACAUGUUCUAGGACUAUAGAUGAUCCAACAUGCCUAUAGUUUUCAUUAUUGUUUUAUGCUUUAGCCUCCUUUUAUAAGCACUUACUUGGCCCAUGCGAGUCGAUUUCAAGAUGUCAACUUUGACUAUCUUUCUCUUCUUACUUUACUUAUCCCUUACAUUACUUUACCUAGUAACUUUGAAAUAGGCAUAUCUUGUCUACCUUCCAUAUACCCUAGCAUUUCUACUAGUUGUUUUCUUGCAUAUAUCCAACCUGAAAUACCAUUGCUUCUUGUAGGUUUUUACUUCUACUUUCUUGACUAUAAUUACCUAUACUUGCCAUCCCGUCUUUCUAUUCCUUUUGAAAGUAAACUUGUGACCCUUCGAAGCUAUGAAAAGACCUAUUAUGUAUAGAGCUUGACAUGCCAACUACUAUAGCUAUAGUAAGUACUUCUAGCUAUUCCUACUUGUUUUUUUCCUACUUGACUAGUGCUGACUUACUUCUUUGCCUAUGAGAAUUCUUAUUAUUCUCCAAACUGUGGUAUCUGAAAUGACCCACUUUCCUGAGCAAAAGAAAGCUUACUACAGCACGGUCUUACGUCCAGGAAUGGAACAUUCCAUCUCUUCUUGUCCACUGGUAUAGAAAGAAUAUGCAUUUUCUUGAUGUUUCAAACUAGGACUUUGGAUUUCUCCUAUAUUAAGUUGUUGGGUACGAAGGAGCUUAUGUUGCGUAUAUAGAUAUUUCCUUAUUAUUAAGUUGUUGAGCAGGAAGCAGAAGAACUUUUCUUCUAUAUUCGAUUCGCUAUUUGGCACAAGGCGAGGAGGAAAGAAUAGAAGAAGCAUCUGACUCUUUCAUGCAUACUCCACCUGGAUGAUAUAGAUCAUACUAUUAGGUAGUCUCCGAAUCAGUGAUCUGUCUUUGAUGACAUCUAUCUGGUACCACGCAUGAAGCUUGCUUCGUUCUGGUUUUUUCUGGUGUGUGAAACAUUAUAGGAUGGGGCGAGCCCCAGAAAGAAAUCCUGGGCAGUGGUUUACUUGAUUUUCUAAGAACUAAGACUGGCGAAGGGAAAGGAUGGUAAAGAUAUUGAAGUACUCACCAAAAACUAGGAUGAACCGACAGCUUCGAAAAAAGAAGAAGAUUAACUUCCCCUACUACUUACUACUCGACGAUUCGACCAUUCAUGGUUGGUGUGGCUCCUAUUCCUCGAUAUGCCGGACCUUCUUCUACACUACCACAAGUUCGUAGCUUGCAAACUCCCGAUUUGCCCAUUAUUUAAUCGCGCCUUUGCUUUGAAAAAAGGUGCUUUCACCACAGCACAGACAUGCCAGUAACUGACGAAUUGGAUGCUCCAGCAGUAGUUCCAGUUCCGAAGGGAAAAAAAAAGGGAAAGUCCCGCUUGUCAACCAUGCCUGAGCCCAAAGGAAAAGCAGUACCAAUCCGCUUCAAAGCUUCAGUCCUAGCUAGCCUAUCUUCGACGUCAGAACCAAUUUCUUCAAUUCAAAAGCUUUCUUCAGCUCGCCCUUGUGCUUACGCCAGCCUUUGUUCACUUGUCUCGGGCUUACUUCUAGACUUGGAUGGACUUCGAUCUUCAUCUUUAGUAAUACCUAACGUUGCUAGGGUCUUCCAUGCUUAUAAAGUAUUACUAAAAAGAAUCUUUUUUCCUAGUGUUUAACUUUUUCUCAUUCUAUUUAUACAACCCAUUUUCCUUGAUACUGGAAUCGAGCUACUUCCAUUUUUUUAGGUAAAGAUCAGGCGGGAAAGCUUACACCACCCAUAUUCUUCUUUAUGUGGCUGACCUAUUUGUUCACUUUUCACAAAUCAUGUAGCAAUUUCGAAAGAGAGAUCAGGAUCAGAGCAAAGAAGCUGCGAAAUGAGGGGAGGAGACUCUGCCUCCAUAGUAUAAGUUGCUAUCCACUUAUGCUUGGUUUGUGCUUUACCACGAAAUCUUGCCUCUCACCAUCAUGAAAGACAGAUGAUGAUGUCGAUUUCUUACUGUCGAGACAGCCUGUCCGAAUCCAAAUCAUUCGACUUCCUCCUUUGCAGUGGCGAGGUCGUUGAUUCCUAUAAAUCAAGAUGUUUUGUUGCCUGCUUCUUUUUAUGGGCCUUCUCUCUUGGAUGGUAUUAUCCACUUGGUAUAUUGUGAAAGUCUCUACAAAGACGAAAGGGCCCCAUGCCUUCUUUGAAAACGAUAUCCCUCUUCAACGCUUCCACUAGCCCUAGACUCGGAAUACUCUGCUUAAGAGAUCCCCCUCUCCGGCCAGAGAGGAUUUGAGUACAACAUUGAUUGCGGAAGAUCUUUGUUCCUAUUAUUUUUAAGCCUAACUAGGCGCGCAGCGGUGAGUGCGAGCUGCUUUCCAGAAAUGCUGGAAAAGAGCCAGUAACGCUAUCAGUGAAUAGAGCUGGUGUAAAGUCCAGCUAAAGUACCAUACAGCCCCACAGGUAAAGAGUAUGAGUGGAGGGAAGUGUUCUGCUCUUACAGGUACUACGGAACUAGUUCCAAAGAACUGCUAGUGAGGAAUGAAAGAGUUUCUAGUGAUAGGUGCUGCUAUGAGUUAGCAUAGCCCCAAAGAAAGUAGUCUGCGAUCCCCUUCGAAGUAAGUGAAAGGGCGGAGCGAGCAAACCGGAUAGCCCCACAGAGUAUCGGCGACGAUUUCCCGCAUACACCGAAUUCAACCGGGAUUCAAUUUGGAGAAGAAUUCAGCAUAGAAGCGACUUUGAUCUUCGACGACCGAGGCCGUUGGAAGUGCAUGAAAUAAGAGAAGCGAGCAAGUAUUGUGAAUAUAAAGAAAGUCCGGGUCACACCCAACCCAAAUAGAGUGCUUGCAACUCAAAGAUGAGCUCGAAAGAAGAGCCCGGCUGGGGAAGUUAUAUCAGUUCAUAAAAAAGUAUGUGAAUGGCAAGGGAACAGGAAGGCUGGAUGAAAGAGGCCUGAAGGACCCCCGCAGUGGAAAUAGGGACCCCGGGACAAGGUAGGCCGAAUAAUAAGGUAAGGGAAGGAAAGGAGACGAACAAUAUCCAUAGAGCCCCCCUAUAAUUCACGUAAUCGCUGGGGGAUAGCGUCGGGAGGGGACACGAACAAAGGACGGCGACAGUAUAGCACCAAAAUGAAGUUCCCGAUCAUCCUUCAGGUCGACAAGAAAAGGCCAAGGGAAGGUAGCGUGAUCAGCUUUUCGGAUCAAGAUUCUGAGGGCAUACAGCGACCUCAUGAUGAUGCGAUAGUUCUUGUCCUGAAAAUAGGAGGAAACAGAGUCAAACGUGUUUUGGUUGAUACAGGGAGUUCGGCGGAUAUAUUAUACAAACGAGCAUUCGAUCAAAUGAACCUAGAGCUGCGUCAUCUAGGUCAGGUACGAACACCCCUAGUGGGAUUCACUGGAGAUACUCUGCAACCGUUAGGCAAAAUUCCCCUAAGGGUCGAGUUCGGCCCGGUCUUCGGCAAUGAUAGACUUUCUGGUAGUUGACGCUCCUUCGGCGUAUAAUGCGAUUCUGGGACGAGGAACGUUGAAUGCGAUAGGGGCGGUAGUAUCUACAUCCCAUCUGAUGAUGAAAUUGAUCCCAACGGAAGCAGGAGUGGGAGUAGAGUCCGGUCACCAUAAAAUGGCGAGGGAAUGUUAUUUGAUGUCUCUGAAGGGGAAGAAGGGGCAUGUGGCAGCAGUUGAGAAGGAAGAGGUGAUAUAAGAGGAUCCAUGGGACGAACCAAGAGAAGGCGAAAAGGUAAACCGUUAGACCCCCGAAGCCAAGCAGAAGGAAAAGAAAAUGAGUGAGCCGACUGAAGAAGUGGAAAAGUGGGAGCCGGGAAAAUUCCUAAACAUUGAUUGCGGUGCGGGUAGAAGAAGGGAAAGGCAGAUGAGUGUGAGGGAGCCCUUUUCACCAUUAUUAAUGAAUUUUUUUCCAUUAGACCUAGCUCUUGAAAAAGCAAUGGAACAUGCAAAUGGGCAGCAACUCUUCUUUUACGCUAGGUAUGCCGGUGAUCUAGUGUUUAAGGUUUUGGAUUUAGGACCUAGAUGUCAUCGAAUGAAUGCUCGGUAUACUUGCUUUCAGAAGGAAGCUAAUCUGAACACUGAAUCCAGAAGAAAGAAGCUUUUCUAUUUUGAGAGAUGAAUUCAAAGAGAGAAGGUUGUAGAAGGUAAGUAAUCCGAUGCGCGUUCAAAUCCAACAAGAACGUCUAAUGAAAUGACGGAAGAUGCAUAUUAUUCUCUCGUAGCUGGGGCUAAGAACGAUCCUCUUAUCCAACUUUCUGUCUGUCCCAAAACCGAACCUUGGUACUGCUCUACUUCAGCAUUCUACGACUGAAUCCAUUCUGGAAAUGAUGACUUGCCCACAGUAGAAGUUAGUGUCAUUUUCCGCUUUUUAGGUGAAAUUGGCUUUACUAGUCUCCUCUCUGUCUCUUUCCACUUCUGUCUUUCUAGUGCAAAUCUCAUAAGUAGAAAGAAAGCGGUAGUUUGAAGUGAGCCGCGCUCUCUCUUUCGGAAUUCUGCACCUAGGUACCACUCUAGAUUUCUUACUGGCUGACUCAAGUGCUAACUCAUAGUGCAUAGCAUGUUCAUAAGCCUUGUUCACACUAUUAGGGUAGGGUGUUGAGCAGUGACCAUAUACUUCACUUCCUCCUUUAAACCACUUAGAAAAGAGGAAAAGAAAAACUUCUCAGUAAGAUUAGGGUUUUCCAAGAUCAGUCCAGUCCGGCCUUUACUUUUUCAAACUGGCUCAUAUACUCCCUUACAGAUCCAACCUGAUGUCAUUUUCUUAAUUCAUCAACUGGGUUACAGAUUUGGAUGCACAGAAACCUAUUCUUGACCUCACUAAUCAAGGUGUCCCUAUUAGGAUGAGGGUUACUGACCACAUAACUCCUGUACCACUCACUAGUUUACAACAUUGAAAUAAGCGAUUCUUUUUGCAAUGUGUCUCUCAGCGUUUUUUUUUCUCCUUUUUCAUUACCCUCUCAAAAAAGAUCGAAAGGAUUCACUCCGGUGCUGCUUGCUGGUGGAGGUUGACUAUCUCCACUAUGAAUAAGUCUUUCUCGAGUAACUGAGACUCAACGUGUAGGCGUUGGAAGCAGAAAUAGGAGAUGGGUCGUUCCAGCUCGGCAAGAGGAUUCCGGAACAUCCAAGUCCUAGCUAUAACACAGACAGGAAAGUUUUUUUCUUUCAUUGCAAUGUCUGGCAUCGUUUAAAAUAGGCUCGCUACAUAGUUGCAGGCUCGCUCGCUCCAUUCUUACGCUCGCUGGCUGGUGAGGCAGAGUUGGUAUGGCACUGGCUGGCUGCUAAUGGUCACUCAGGAUCUACUAUGCGCGAUACGCCGACGACAUUUUGUUUGGGAUUCCCCGGGCCAAAGAGAUAUACCUGUUCCAUUCCAAGUGAAAGACCAGCAGCUGCGCAUACUAUUGAACGCGUGCGGCAGGUUUCAAUUCCACUUUUCCUGGGCAAACUAGAAAACAAGUACCGAUGUCAGGAGAUGGAAGUCAGGUUGACGAGGCAGUGACGUAGGAUAAGGCUCUUUGGUGAACCAGACUUUGUCUAUCUUAGAGAUCAAAUUGGAUGAUAGAUUUUGCUUUUUUUUUCUUGGGAAUGGUCAAAGCCUUUCACGGUUGAGCAAAAGGUUCGAAAACAGAGAUCAAAGACUCUGUCCUCGCUUCGAUAUUGUUUUCAUAUUGAGGGAUUAGUCUGCCAUCAGUGGUAGACUGGGGAAGAAGGCCGAGUGGAUGCUUUCCAGCAAAAGAAAACAUGACGUAGUCAUCAUGCCUAACAGAGAGAUUCGCCUUGGUUCUGUCUAUCGCUCUAUAGUAUAGGGAAAAUGACUCCGUUCUGUCUCCAUUAGCUAAUCAGGCUUGCAUAGGAAGGGGAAGGAAGAGAUUUUCUUGCUUCAAUCUCACGUCCUUUAUAUAUGCUAACCUACCCUAUUCCCUGCAUACUGAUGACUCGCGUUGGCUAACAGCACGUCUUUCAGCAGCUCACUAAAGGAUGGGCUAUUCAUCUCAGUCCUCAUGCUUCCGUCUUCAUAUCCCGCCAGAAAAGAAGAAAGGCGAGUCUUUGCUUUGGCAAAAAGAGAAGGAGCUCUUCUUGCCCAUAUGGGAGUGGAAGCUUCAGUGUAAGCGGAAGCUAGACUAGAAGAGAGAUUCAUCCUAGGCUUUGCUUGGCCCUACUCUAGUUUUGGUGCAGCUAACUAAUCUUUGGGUCGAAUUUCGUGACUUGAUGAAGAGGAAGCCGAGUAUCUUUGGUCUUGAAGAGUCAGGCCAAUCCAACCGCUUGCUCCUGCCCAACUCAGUCUCAGUCGUACCAUAAUGCGCCUGGACUCAACACUUUUCUUGCUCCAAGACCACCCUCUAGCCCUCAUGUCAAAUAGAUGACAGAAUUGUAAACAAUCUUAGAAUGAUUUAAGCUGAGGAACAUAGAGGUCUCUCCCACCAUUUUUGUCAUAUACCUCUGGAAUAGUGUUGAAAUCACACGCCACUAAGCAGGAGCCUAAACCAAGUGGUUUAUCUUAGCGUGCUAGCCGCUGCUUCAUUUCGUAUAGCGAUAACGCUUUCUCUUUCUUAGCGCUCCACCCCGCGGGGAACUCUGGUUGCGCUUUGGUUGGCUUUCUCUUUUUUUCUAUUUUCUCUGACUUGACUCAGCUUGACCUACUUGACUCAGCGGUUAGAGUAUCGCUUUCAUACGGCGAGAGUCAUUGGUUCAAAUCCAAUAGUAGGUAAAACCGGCCGAAACCCCCGCUUUUGCCAGCAUGACAGCAAGCACAGACUGGCAUCAAGGAGUCGAAUGACCAAAGCAUCGGUUGCUUCCACGAGACUAAACAAUCAAUGACCAAUAAAAGACCAACGAAACGACGAGUGAGAAAGAUAAAGAACGCGACGUGGUUCAUUGAAGUAGAGGUUUGAUCGAGGAUUGGAGAGGAGAGGUGGAAUAAAAAGCUCGGGAUGGAUUUUUGAGUCUUUGUGCGAGCCGUAUGCGGUGAGAGUCGCACGUACGGUAAGGAGGGGGGUUCGCGUCUAUACGUGUAGUGUGGUGGUUGGGCCUACCCACCCUAU